AUGAGUUCGUUAGAGAGAGGAGUUGAUUGUGUGCAGGAGCAAGCUUGUAAAGCAUUGGAAAGCGCUCUUGGCGGGAAGAAGAUUGAGUUUGAAGACAAAGAGAUCAAGAAAAGAGAAGAAGAAUCCGGAUCCGGUGGCGGUGGCAGUGGCAGUGGAGAAGGAGGAGGAGGCUGGUCUGGAGGUGGUGGUGGUGGUUGGUUCAGUGGCGAUCACUUCUGGAAUGAAGCACAGCAGAUUACCAUUACCCUCUUUGCAAUAUUUUUCGUGUAUAUGAUAGUUGCCAAAGGUGAAGUAAUGGCUGCGUUCGUGUUGAACCCGUUGUUGUACGCCCUGCGAGGCACACGUGAAAGUUUGACUUCUCUUAGCUCCAAACUCACGGGUAUAGAAGUUUCAAAAGCGAAUGGUGAUAACUCAGAGGAGAUGUGGAAGAAGGAUGUCUCUGCUAAAGAAAGUGUUGUCCGGAAAUGGGGAAGUGACUGACGUAUAAAGUUCAUAAAGCUGACUCUAGAAGAAAGACUCCGAGUGCUCUUUUCCUACUGUUUCUUUAAAAAUAUUAAAGACUAGGUCAAAUGUAUCUGUUUUCAGUUUUGUAAUGAAGGAUAUGGAUUCUUUUUUGAACAAGAGUUAGUAUCUUUUUGAGUAUAUCUUAUCUUAUGUAUAAUUUACAUCUCUCAAUCAGGAUCAUUAGUGGCAUAAGCCAUGUAUCAUGCCUAAAUCUAUUUACUGACCUAAUCAAAGAUGAUGAACCCGGAUAAUACAAUGUAGAAAAAUAGAAAUCAUAUGUCGAUAAAUCUCCAAUAUCAAAAUGUAGAAUAUCCUUUCUUGAAUCACACGACCAUGUCACAAGAACUUCAAAUUUUUGAGAAGGAAAAAAUAAUACAAUGAGCCAACUGACAUAGUAGUAAU